AUGACUUUAAAUAAUCUAACUUCAAUAAAACUUGAUAAAAAAUGUUCAUAUGAAAAAGAAAAAAAAAGAUUAUAUAGAAAUACUUAUAUAAUGAUUAAAUAAGGUAAUGAUCAUUUAUUUAAACAUAAAAUAAUAUAAGAAUUUUAUGUUGCCCAAUAUCUAUAUCGAAAUUUAACAAAUGAUGUGUAUAUACAUAAUUUAAAGAAUAGUAAAAUUAAUUAAAAUAUUAAUUUGAGCUUUAAAAAUUAUCAAGGUGCUUUAAAUAUUUUAACUGAACAUAUUAGACAAUCUGAAGAUAUAAAAGAAAAAUUGAUUAUUCGAACUUCAUCUAAUUGCAUUUAUUUGGCAUCUAUUCUUAAUUUAAAUUUUGAAAGAUAAGAUUUAUAAAAUAUCAAUUUAUCAAAUACAAUUAUUUGUAAUAUAAAUUUCUUUAAUUGUAAUCUUGAUUAAUCGAAGUUCAAUAAUGUUAUAAUUAAGAAUUGUAAUUUUGAUUUUGCUUAAUUAAAUAAUAUUUAAUGGGAUAAUAUAUAAAUAAAAGAAUUUGUAUAUUUAUAGUAAAAUGAAGAUAUUGAAUAAGUUAUUUAAUCUCCUGAUGGUAAAUUAAUUGUUUCAUUAAGUGCAUAAUUGGUGAAAAUAUGGGAUUAUUAAAUUUUUUAAAUUAUCAAGGAGAUUUAAAAUAAAUAUAAUAAUUAAUAACACUUUCAUUUAGUCUGAAUAUCAAAUAAUUGUAAAUAUAUAGCAAUAUGUACAAAAAAUUAAUUUUAAUUGAGGGAUUUGAAUUAAUUAACAAUUUUAAUAGAAAAUAACAUUAAAGAAGGAGCUGUGGGAACUUUAAACUUUUCUCCUAAUAGUGAAAUAGUAGGUUUAAUUGAUUCUUAUGGUUUAAGAUAUUGGAAUUGCGUUUAAAAUUCUGAAGUAAAUUCUUAUCUUUUGAGAAAGGAAAAUAUAAUUUAAAAUUCUUCCACAUCUAUUUACUUAUCAAAUUUAAUUGCAUUUGAAAAGAAUAACAAUUAUUUAUAUUUAAAGGGUUAGAAAGAUUGAUAAAAUUAUUUGAAUUGAACCGUAAUACCUUUUUACCUUUAGAAAAGAUUGAAGGUGAUUAUUUUGUUGUAUCAUUUAAUGGAGAGGAUCUAUCAGUUUCUUAUUUAACGGAAGUUGCUUUUUAUAAAUGGAAUUAAAAUAAAUUAUAAAUUAAUUAUAAAUUUGAUUUCCAAUAAAAGAUAUGGUAGAUUUUAUCUUAUAGAUAAAAUUAAACUAUAUGUUUAUUAAUAUAAAAUGAUGUAACUUUAUGGAAUAUUUAAGAUAAUUGUUUUAAAAGUCUUUUUAGAGGAUGUGAAGAAUCAAAAUAUUCAAUUAAUAUUGAUGAAAAUAUAUUAAUUAAAUGGAAUGAAAAGAAAAGAUAUUGUUAAGUGUAUAAUUUGAAUAUAAUUAAUUCAAAUAAAUUUAAUGAUAUAUUCAAUAGUUAUGUUUAAAAAGCAGAAUUUUCGCCUUCAGGAUAAUUGAUUAGAAUAUAACUUGCAUAAAAAAUAUUAUUUUGGGAUUUUACAAAUGAUGAAUGUUAUGACAUGUUAAAUGAAUAAAUUGACUUUUACUUUUCUCCAAAAGGUAAUUAUUUUCUUACAAAAUGUAAUCAAAAUGGAUUAAUAAUUUGGGAUUGUACCAAUAUCUAUAAUUUAGAACGUAAAAUUAUAAUUCAAAAUAUCGAUAAAUUUCAAAAAAUAUUCUUUACUUAGGAAAAUCAAGAUUUAGCAAUAAUUAACAAUAAUGGAGGAAUUAUUAAAAUAUGGAAAUUAUAGUAAAUUCUGAAUCAAAAUUUUGAUUAUGAUAAUAAUAAAUAUAUUAAUUAUUAGAAGAUUAAGAAAAAAUAAUUUGUAUUGCUGUUUCUCCAACUGAAUAUAAAUUAAGUUUUGUUGGAAAUACCUUGA